AUGACUGUUCCUCGUUCAUCAGUUGGUGUCACAGCGCUUGGUGGUAUGGUUUAUGUUGUGGAUGGUUAUGAUGACGACACUUGGAACUCUUUGGACACAGUUGAAGUUUAUGAACCAAGAAGAGCAGAUGGAAACUUUAGCAUCCAAGCAUUCUGGUAUCCUAAAUUACGACUCCUGGAGACUUUUGCCGGGAAUGAAUGUAUGCCGUCGCAAUGCAAGUGUCGUUCCUCUGGAUUCAAAUUAAUUCACGAUCAGAGGCUAGCUGAUUCUUUUCUUUUCAAUAUUAUGUGUGAUUCUCCACAUGAAAAGUUUUUCCUUACUAAUGAAGAGUUGACACGCAGUGAAACAAGGAGUAGUGGAAGCACAUCAAAUUUGAGUCCAAUUGAAGUUUUAACUGUUUCAUUGCUGGGACAACAACCCUGGACUCAUCUUAGUGUAUCAAUCAAUCAUCCAAGAUCAUACGCUGGCGUAGCGCUUUUACCGAGAGUCGCAUGA